UGGAUAUAACAUCACAUUUGUCACUGGACCUGUCAAUGUUUACGUAAUUUAUUAAAAAAAAUAGAAAAAAUAUAAUUAAUAAUUUAAUAAUGUUUACAAGCCAAGUCAUUAGAAGGUGUUUAAUACCAGCAGCUGCAGUUGUAGUUGAAGCUACAGUUAAACCACAAGCGAAAAAUGAACAAGAAUUAUUGUGCAGACCUAGUGAACUUCCAAUAUAUAGCCCGGAGCCUAUUUGGGAAUCUACCACAGCCUUAAAGGAACGGGAGAUACCAGGGUUCAUUGAAGAUUCAUUUAGAAACAUUCGAUUAACUUUGACUAAAUAUAAUGAAGAACUUCAAGCUUAUAAAAAAGUAGGACUUGAUCAGUUUGAAAAAAGCAGGGAAAACGUAGAAUAUGUAAUUAGCUACUUACAAGAAGAAAAUAAUACAUUACCAAAAGCAGGAGCAAUAGGCAUUGGAGCACUCACAGGUCUAAUUUUUGGACUACGUGGUGGAUUUUUUAAAAGAACACUCUAUGCAACAACUGGUGCUUUAGGUAUGGCAGCCUUGUGCUAUCCAAAAGAGGCAGCAGUAUAUACUCGAAUUGGACUUACAGAAUCAAAGAAAUAUAUUACUAUUGCAUACAACUUUGUUUAUGGAGUUAAAAAAGACGACCCACCACUAGAACUGCCAUCUUUACCAAAAAUACCAACCAGCUUUUCUGAAGCCUGGGAGAGUGUAAAAUCAACAGCUACUUCAUUUGUUUCAGAUGAGAAAAAACCAGAACUACUGUCAACGGAGAAGGUACCUAAAUCCAAUUAAAUGACUGAAGCUGAAAAAAUUCUUUGUUGGUGGAAGACUUCAAAUAUUUAAAAAAAUAUAGCUAAUAUAUAUAAAUAAAACAUACAAAUUUUA